ACGUGGGGAUGACGUUAAAACCCUCGUCUAUUUAUACAUAUUAUUAUAAUAUUAUUAUCACUGAACAAUAUUAUUUUCAUGAAAUUUGGAUGAUGGAAAUUACUAAUUUUAUUUAUAGAUAGUCAAUAUCAAUUUCCAACAUAUCAUUAUGUGUUUGAAAUAACACGUUACACGCACGCAGACACAGACACACAGUACACACCAACAAACAGUCGUCACUCUGCAGUCCGCACUCGUCACUCGUCAGUCUGCCUGACUCUCGCCACUCAUUAAUCGGAACAUUCGGAUUUCAGAACUCGGCGUUUUUGCGCCUGGCUGUCGGCAGUCAGAUUUCUGAGUUUCCGGCUACUCACUUCUCGGUACUCAGCCAGUUUCCAAUUGCCAUUAUAGCCUGUAGGGUGCUAAGUUCUCAGUACUCCUCUAGGUAUCUAUAAUCGUUACUCUAUUUUUGAAGUGUACAGUCUGAAACUCUGAACAUUUAUAAUUUUUCGAGAAAUAUUGUGAACAUCUAUCCAUAUUAAUAAACAGUUUUGGCCGACCAACUAUCAACAAUGAAAAAAAAGAUUUCAACUUUUUUGACAGGAUUUCCAGACUCAGUAAUCGGAAAAAAAAAAAAUAAAAAUAAGAGAAAAGAAAUUAGUUCAGAUCCAAAUGAAGGAUUUCCAGACUCGGUAGUCGGAAAACAAAAUAACAAAAAGAAGAGAAAAGGAAUUAGUUCAGAUCCAAAUGAAGAUAAUUUAUUAUUAAAAAGAAAAAAGUAUUUAGCCAUUGAUGCCAAACGGAAUAUUAUUACGACUAUUUCGCCAGAUCCAAAAGAUGACAAAAUAGAUGACAAAAUUAUAAAGAAAAAGGAAAACAAAAUACAAGCAGCAUCUACUUCUACCUAUUCAUACUGUAUUGAAGACAGAGCUGUUCAGGAUUUAAAAGAUCAGCCCCCUAAUACUGCUGGUACUGUCAUCUCUGAAAUUGAAAAGUUUGUUGUAGUACCGCCUUCAUUGCCCAGUUAUCUUACACUAUUUUCAUCGUUGAAAUCCAACUUAAAUUCACCAUUACCACAACUCAUAAAGCAAAGAUCAACUUCAACACCAAUUGCUGGUUCAGGGUGGCAAAAAUUGAAUUUCGAUAUAGAUCCUCUUACGCCAGUGAAAGAAUUUAUUCCAUUAUCUCUACCUAAACAAACCAACAUAGCAGAAUUUGAGGUGAUAUCAGAAGAACUGCCAUCACAGCCCAUCACUUCUGUCACCAAGAAAAAAAGCAAAUUAAUGUUGACUUCUGAAAAAUUAAAAUUGGGCAUUUUAGACAAAUUACCAAAAUUUUGCCCAUUUUGUGAUCAUGUAUGUGAAAGAUUACUUUAUCUUCAUAUUCAAACAAAACACGAAGAAAAACUCAAAUUGCCGAUCUCUACCUCUGUUGUCGGAAUCAACAAAAUAAUAUCAAACUUUUCAAAAAACAAAAAGGUAUUGAUGCCUCUUAAACAUAUAGUUGAUAUAAUGGGAGACUAUUGGAUCAACCCAGAAAUAAGAAGGAUUGGAUACAUUUUGUGCAAUCUUGGCCAGAUAACAACAUAUGGUGGAUCAUGGGAGCUAAAUGAUGUCCCUGAAGUCUCCAAUCCAUUUGAGCAGUACAUCGUAACAUCUAAACUAUAAUCAGAGUAAAAGUAUGACUACUGGUUAUUUCCAGAUUUAUUUUUAAGUAAUUAAUUGUUAUUUUUAUUAUACAAUAGAAAAAAUAAGGAAUUUUAAUUUUAUUUUAAAUGCUAAUUAUACUUUUAUUCAAAUUUUAAAUUGUAUGUUAAAUUUAUUUUGUUACUAAGUUUUACAGAACAUUAAAAUUGUAUAAUAGAAAAGAUGAAUAUUAUACAAUGAUGUAAAUAAA